GAUAAUUGUUAGGGUCAUCAAAAUGAGAGCAGUAUGUUUUGUAAAACGAUUGCAAUGGGAUUUACCAGGUACAUUGUUCAGACACGGUUUAACAAUUGGAGAUGUUGAUAAUGACGGUGACAAUGAAUUAGUUGUUGGAACUGCCGAAGGAGAUUUAUAUAUUUUUAAGGGCUUGGAAUUGUGGCAAAAAAUUACAGGUCUCGGUUUAAUUACAAGUAUCGCGAUAGGUGAUAUAUUUAACUAUGGACGAAAUGCCUUAAUUGUAAUUUGUGGGGAUGGUUGGGUUCAUAUUUACUAUAGUCCUCGAUCUGUUCAUCCAAGUAUAAAUACCUUACAGUCAGAAGGAAGUGGUUCCGAUAAUGGAGAAAUUAGCGAACAACAUGCUACAAAGUUUAAGACAGGAACAUCAAAUUUAAUCAAUGCAACGGAAUUUACUAAUUUGGAUCACAGAAUUAAUAUAAACAGAUCGGCAGAGUCGGUUGGCAAAAUGCCUACAAAUACAAAAAUUGUUUUAGUGGCAGAUGUAGAUAAAGAUGGUGCCAAUGAAAUGAUAAUUGGCUUAACAGAUAGAGUCGUAAGAUCUUAUAGAUGGUCCAGUAACGUAGACUUGGGUACUGGCAAGCUGGUAGGACUAAACAAAUGGGAGUGUGCAAAUCAAAUAGGAACCGUGACUUUACAAGAGGAUUCUGAUGGGACUCCGACACUUUUAGUUGCUCAACCUGGCGGGACAUUUAUGCGAAUAAAAUGUAACGCGGAUGAUUAUCAGUUGGAAGAAGAUUGUUUUGACACCAACAGCGAAGCAGCAGCUAGUUGUGUCGAUUAUCAAACCUUGGGUAUUUCAAGAAUGAGAAAUCAAAAUAUAUCGACUGAAAUUUUAGGAAAUUUAAAUCCUAAAAAAACACAUUCUUCCAAUGAUAAUAAUUUGAAAAUUGGAUCUGCAAUUAAGACGAAAUACGAAUAUAAUAAUUUAAAAUAUUCCGAGGAAGAAUCUGUAAUGGUAAAAGAAAGGUAUAAAAAUACUUCGGAGGAUGUCGAUUCGGUAGAUGGUAACCUUAUUGGUGGAAAUAUCGUAUUUGAAGAGUUUGAUAAUAGAGAAAGAAAAAUUCAUUAUAAUAAAUCUUGUGAAUAUUCGGUUGGUGAAAAGAAAAAUGCAAAUGAAAAAGAUAGCGAAGUGAAACUUAAAGAGCAGAAGCAACAAAUUAAUUUGAAGUCUAAAGAAGAAAUUAAAACUUGGUCAAAUACAAAAUCAUAUGCCCUAGCCACACUCGAUGGUACCAUAAUGUUAGUAAAGGAUGAGAUAAUUCUUUGGUCAAUGCAAGUUGAUCAUCACAUCUCGGCAUUAUGUUCACUAGAUGUUACCGGUGAUGGAGCUGAUGAAAUAAUUGCAUGUACUUGGGAUGGUCAAACGUAUAUUCUUGAUCAACAAAGGAAUAGCGUUCGCUUUCAGUUCGAGGAACCCGUGAGAGCUUUUUGCGCCGGGAUGUAUAGUGUUUUCCCCCAAUCCACUAGUCCUUGUCUCGUUUAUAACAAUUUUUUUAACAAGAUUUUUCUAUAUUACGAUGUCAGUCUUCCAAGUAUGGUAAUAACUGCGUUAAAUCCCGAAGAGACAUUGGACAGUAAGGAAAAGAAUUUAUUGAAUGAAAUUUUGAAGGGCAAGUCCGAUUCCGAGCGUGAAGUCCAAUUGAAACAAUUAACAGAGUGGUUAUUGUAUGGAAUGUUUUGAGAAAUGAAAUUUACAAUUCAAACGAAUCAAGAUACGUUUCACCUAAAUUAUCAAAUAAUCGAUGCAAUUUUGAUAGUGGAUUAAAAAUUUUAUGUGUAAUAUGAAGCGAAUUAUCGAAUAUUGUUCUUUCUCUUUCUUUCAUUGUUACUGUCUUUUCGUUCUUGUUAAA